AACGCUUUUAAAGCAGCUGAACAUGUGUUUACACAGAGAUUAGACAGCUUCCACCUUUAAUAACUUUAAUAACUUUAAUAUAAACUCUCAAAGUCUUUGUCUUUACGUUUCUUCCCUCCAAAAUGUCUUCGAGCGAUAAUUUUGAGGGACUGAAGGAGGAACUGAACAGAAAGAUUAAGGAGCAGAAGGUUGUAGUGGACGAGCUCUCCAAUCUGAAGAAAAACAGGAAAGUCUACAUCCAGCAGAGGAACAGUAACAUCUUCUUCCUAGCAGACAGAAGUCAGACCCUGGGUUCAUGCAAAAAGGAACUGGAUAACAUGAAAAAGGACCUGCAGGAUAUGUGAGACCGAGCUUCAUCCCAACAAUGUGUGGCAUCUUUUGUCUGCUGACUCUGUCUCCCGCUCAGUUUGAGUGGGACAAAACCGUUCAUGAACAUUUGAAGAG